ACUCGCACAUUUGCCGUCAGUCGUUAGAGGAACUCAGGCGGAUUUCAGUGCUCCUGUGUUGUUCCAGAGAAGCUACUCUUUUUUUAGUUUUUUCUUUAAUUUCUUCUGAUUUUUUUUUUUUGGUGGAGGAGAUUGUCACCUGUCUGUGUCGAUUUAUUGUGAUCGAAAUGAAGAAACGCGAAAUAAAGCAUCCAAAGUGGCUGAAGGACUGAAUAGGGUUGCCUCCUGCUCUCACUCCACCACACAAACCGGCUCGUUUGGAAGCAGAGCUGCCAUGGCCAAGUGGCUGAAAGACUACCUGAGCUUGGGCAGCAGGAAGGUGCCUCCACAGCCGCCCACACCAGACUACACAGAGAGCGAGAUCCUCAAAGCCUACCGGCUCCAGAGGGACCUGGACUUUGAGGAUCCCUACGAGGACUCCGAAAACAGGUCCCGGGGCGAGUCUGGGGCUUCUGACCCCUCAACACCUGUCUACGGGUCUCCCAUGAAGUCAUCUACUGUGGACAUGAAAUCUCCCAAACACAGACUGAUCAAAGUGGACUCCCAGGAGCUGGGGCGCACCAAGAUCCUCCUCAGUGCCAUCUCUUUAGAGGACCAGCAAGAGCCUGUGGUACCGUCUGCGCCCUUGGCAGGCGAAACAGAUUAUUCUGACCCAUUCGAUGCUCGCUUGGACCACAGGCCAGAACCAGAUCUCGGACCUGUUCCCUGCGAGAACAACAGCUACAUGGAACCGUAUGAGGCCCAGAGGGUCAUAACAGAGCUGCAGCGUGGCCCAGGAGGAGGACGGCCGCGGGGCGGAGUGCAGCUCUACGACACCCCCUACGAAGAUGAGAGAGGCCAGCGCCUGGGUCUGAUGUAUGGAGAACCUCAGGAGGAGGGCAAGGAGAGCAGCAGGCUGCCACAAGAUGAUGAGAGACCAGCUGAUGAGUAUGACCAACCCUGGGAAUGGAAAAAGGAUAACAUCUCCAAAGCUUUUGCAGAAAUGAGGGAGUUGUCGGAUUUGCCCUGGCCUGCCCCAGUGGGUCAGCUUGAGGAGGAGCCCACCGUCAGAGAGCAAGUGCAGUUUGAUGGCGCAGAGUGGGACCGUUCCUCGUCGCCCACAGACCGGUUGCGUCCUCCAGGGCCAAGAUCCAGCCCGCUGGCAGGAGGGGGGAUGAAGUUUCGAAUGCCACAGGAGGGCCUGUCCAUGGUGGGGGAGAGAGUGGAUCCUACUCUGCCUCUGGAGAAGCAGGUAUGGUACCACGGUUCACUGUCGCGUUCGGAGGCAGAGUCGCUGCUAACGCUGUGUAAAGAGUGUAGCUACCUGGUGAGGAACAGUCAGACCAACCGCUCUGAGUACUCUCUGUCUCUACGGAGCUGCCAGGGUUUCAUGCACAUGAAGUUCACCCAGUGCAAAGAUGGCAAGUACGUGCUUGGACAGAACAGCCCUCCCUUUGACACCAUCCCAGAAGUCAUCCACUUCUAUACCACACACAAACUCCCGAUCCGAGGUGCCGAGCACCUGUCCCUGCUGUUCCCCGUGCUGGUGCAGACACUCUGACUGACCCUGAUGGUCUCUCUGGACCUCUGGGAUUUUAUUGUGUUUGGACAAAUAAAAAACUUGAAUGUUUGACGGGAUCUUUCCAGUGGAUUCUCUCUUCUUGUUGGACUGGACUACUUUUGAUGAUUCAACACACCAGGGGCUAAUGCUCUCACCUACCACUGCUGUUGUACCUGUGCCAAGUGUCUCUAACAUCCAGUGGAUCAAUUCAUAUGAAAUGCAAUACCUGAACUUUAGGCCACCCUUUGCUGUAACUCCUUUCUCUCAUCACCUUGCUGAACCAAGGGGGGGUGACUUCAGGACAUCUCAAAUUCUCCUUUUCCUUACUAUAUAUUUCAAAUGCAGAGGAAGUUAGCAGAGCUGUAGUUGGGAGAAAGUCUGUAUAUUCUGAAUGUUCUGAUGCCCCAGUUUACAGAAGACCUGCAGAAGAUUUAGGUUUAAUUACUGCUGUUCCACAAAAAACACCUCAUUGACACGUAAAAAUAUUGCUGUUGUAAGGUGAAAACCUCACUAGUCAUAUUUUGUUGAUUUUUCAGAAUCAGAAUCAAUAAAUUCAGUUGUACUGUAUAAGAUGAGAAACCUUUUCAUCCUCGGGCUUAGGAGACCCUUUUGUAAAUGUUGGAAAAUUUCCAUAAAACAAAAACAAAAAAAAACAAUGCUAUUUUCGAAGAUAAGGUUUUUACCAACAGCAGUUAUAUUUCAGAUGCUUUUCUACACAAAGCCACCUGUUAAUUUUCAUCCAGUCUGUUCUGCACUGUCAUGCUGCUGUAUGUUGAGGAUUUGCCUGACACAUCUCCAUGUUACUUGUUGAUUGUUCAUCGUAAGCAACAGAGAACCUGUGUUGUAUUGGUACUUGUGUUGACUUUGCUGACCUGUAUCUCUUGUCGGUUGCCUACGUUGCAUUUGGUAGACAAUGCUGGAUUUGUAAAAAAGCAACCUGUCACUGCUGUCAUCGUCGUUUCACUGAAGCUGAGCUCAGAAGCUGAGCUGUAGGCUACAUCUGAAGCAAAGAGAUGCUAAUCCGGAAAUGCUCUCGAACAAACUCUCAAACUUUGUGACUGUUGGCCACUUUCUCACACUUCCUACAUAUUUUCGGCUGGCCAAGUCAUUACAUGCUUGUUGGUGAGUUGUAUUUGAGUUAAAUGCUUGCCAUCUGGAAUGGGUUCCCAUGUCUGCUGCCUGGUUGCAGCGUUGUGUGGCAAAAACUGAUUUCAAAGGAGAGCCAACUUCUUCCAAACACAUUUAUGACCAUUGGAAAUGACAAAUGGAAACAUUAUUUAAAUCAGUAUUUCUCAAUGCAAAAUGCUAUAUUGACUGGGUUGUAUUAAGUGUUAUUAUUAUGGGCCUUUUCUGUUACUAGUAAAAGAUGACAGGAUGUGU